GCCUAGAGGUCUGUGUUGCAGAAGGCAAAGGGCACAGUCCGAGGCCGUUCAACACCACCACAGUGCAUGGCUCCAUGAUGGAGAGCUUCCUCUUUGAAUUCCCCAGUUUUGGACUUUGAUGGAUCAACAUUUGCUUCCCCUUGGAGCUCUCCCAGAUAUUGAAGAGUCUGCUAUUUUUCUGCUCGGAUAGGCCUUUGAAAACUAAGGUGCAGAUUAUGCUGGUCACUGGGCUGCUGCCUCGAAUCCCAACUUGGGAGAAAGGUGGGAUUUUUUUUAAAAAACUGUUUGUUUGUUUGUUUGUUUGUUUGUUUGUUUAAUUAAUACUAAUUUUUCAGAUUUGUAAAAGGCUUCACAACAAGAAGCUUCCAAAUCUGUGUGCAAUAAAAAUAUAAAAUACAACAAUGUGAUCUCCUUGUCCUGGAACCGAUAAAGAAACAGCUGCUGUUUGCCUUCCAGUCAGACCAUGACAAACACAAGCAGAGGCUGGCAGAUGGUCCUUGUGUUCUAACCACAGCUCAGCUGUCUGCAGUUGCUUUAUGCGUCUUGAGCUCCAUGCACAUGAAAGCAGUUCUGGAGAACAGUGCUUAGGAGUUAUUAAACUGUGGGUUGAUGGAGACAGCUGGGUCCUGCGCUUCAGGAGACGUGGACCUCCUCCUGGCAACACGUCUGGGAAUGAGGCUGAAAGAUGAAAACCUGGCACUUGGACUCAGAAUGGAAGCUGGGAACUGUGGUGCCCUUUUUGGGCAAAUGCCGGCCAUUUGUGGGCUAUUGCUGCCAAAGGUGCACACCAAAGAGCUGGGAAUUCUUUUUCCACAAGAACAUGAUCUCUCUUGGAUUUUGCAAUGUAAUUAAAAUAUCAGAAGGAAACACCAGGUUCAGAGGCUGGCUGGUAAGGAGACUCUGCUGCUUCUUCACAGUGUGUGAUUGGAAAAUUUGUGCUGAUUCCCCCAGUGAUCUUCAAGAAAGAAUCUUCCACAGCAAGAGGGUACAGGACAUUGUGUGUCAGAAAGUGCCUCAGAGCAAGGGGGAUGCGCCAGAGACCAGCAUGCCAGUCCCACAGUGGAUGCAGAGAAUUCACAGCAUUCUCUGCCAGAUCCAGUCCUCUGUUUCUCCUCUCCUACUGAGGCUCAUCCACUGGGCUCUGCUAAAACUUCUGAAUCAAAUGUUUCUUGGCGUGAUAAUCCACAACGGGCAACUGGAGAUGGUGCGCAGGGCUGCUGAGGUGCCUGAUGUCCCUGUGGUCUUUUUAUCAACCCACAAAUCUCAGUUGGACAGGCUUUUGCUUCAGCUCCUCCUCAUCUCGCAGGGCCUAGGCACACCCAGGGUCACUUGUGAAUACAAAACCUAUCCUUCAAAGUGCAGAACCCUGCUGGCACUCCUAGGAGGGGUAUUCCUGCCGCAAGGAGUGGAACAGGCCCGGGACAGUGAGCAAGGAGUCCUCUCCAGAGCUGUUUUGGCUUCAUAUGUUGAGGAAGUUCUCCAGAGCAGACAGCCACUUCUGAUGUUCCUGGAAGAGGCCUUCGCUGGUGCACCUCAGGUCUCCGCCUCCAGCAGGGAGUGGCUGAGCUUGGUCUUCAGUGCGUUCCAUUCAGGCACUGUCCCUGACGUCAUGAUUGUGCCCGUUGGAAUCUCCUACGAUGUGGCUCCUGACUCUGGUUACAGGGGGAAAGUGAGCCCCACCCAGACCCUUAGCCUCUGGACAUCCCUGUGGACCAUCUGCAGAGCUGCUUGUAGAGGACUGGGCUGUGUCCGGGUUGAUUUUGCUCAGCCCUUCUCUUUGCAGGAGUAUGUAGCAAACAGCCUCUUCAGGCAGAGCAGUUCUGGAAAGUGUCUGGAGGAACUCCUCUUACCAGAAAUACUUGGAAAACGCUGUAGCAUUUUGGAUUGUGAGAAACUGGAACAAUGGUCACCAGGAUCCGAAGGCAUCAUAGCUCUGAACAAAGAACAGGAAAUAUUGGUGUACAAUUUGGGCCUACACACACUGAGCACUGGUGUAUCCUGUUCUGCCAUCAUGGCUGUACAGAUCAUGUCUGCACUCUUUCUGCACAAACACAAAGAGGGCGUCUUCCUUUCCCAGCUGAUGCAGGACUUUGUUUGGCUCACUGAGGAGAUCCUGCUGCGCAGCUAUGAUGUGGGGUUUUCUGGGCAGGUGCGUGAUGUGGUAUUGCAUGCUCUGUUCCUGCUGCGGGACUGCAUCUCCCUCUACCACCUUUCCCUGGGGGAUGUCCUGGUGGUUCCCAAGAAGACAGACAAAGCCAUGACAGAGUUGAGCCAGCACAGCACUGCCCUCUUGCCUGUUUUCAUCCAGGAAGCGGUUGGAGUCUGUGCUGCCAGUGCCCUCCUGGUGGAACUGCUGCCCUACCUGGGAAGCCCUGAGCAGCUCAGGGAUGUGGUCCUGGUCCAGGAAGAGCUCCACAACAAGACUGUCUUGCUCGUCCAGCUGCUGCCCAGGGAUUUCCUCCUAUGCCAGCCUUGCCAGUCUCUGUAUAACUACUGCCAGGUUGCUGUGGACAAGUUGAUCCAGUGUGGACUGUUGGUGGCUGAGGAGAUGCCCAGUGAUGUCUUGGUGUGUGACACAGCCCAAAAGCGCUUCACCAAGAGGUUGCUGUGGAAGGCAACAGACGACUUUGCGGACAGCGACAGUGAUUACAGCGACGAGACUGGAAAUUGCUGCUUCAAAAUAAGCCAGGUGGAAAACUGCUCCAACUUUUUUGUGUUCCUCUGCUGUCUUCUGAGCCCUUUGCUGAAGACCUUGGAAAGAGCCACUGUAUUCCUCUGGGAAAUGGAGUCUCCUCAGUCAGAGUCCCAGUACGUGGAGAAGCUGCACUGUUUUUUGGCAAGGAAGGCAAAAGAAGACUCUUCCUUUGAAUGUGUCUGCAGAACUCUGACGACCAUCUCUGUCCGCAUAUACAAGGAACUGGGGGUGAGUGCCCUGCCUUGCCUGCCCCUCCAAUGUGCGAAGACUUUGAUCGCAUUCCAGAUUCUCCCUUUUCAUGCCCUUCACAAUCCAUUUUCAGGUGUUCCUGAUUCUGCAAAUUCAGUUCUUAAUCUGAGAUAA